AUGUGGUGGGUGACCUUUUUAUUCGCCAGCAUUGCUGGAGUUCACGCAGAUCAGUAUUGCAGAGCGCUUGCAUUAUGCAGUGGAGGAAGCUUUGGAGCAUAUGAAGCAGGAGCAUUUGCCCAACUUCUAAAAAUGCUGCCAGCCCAAGAGACACAAUACAAUGCAGUAGCAGGUGUUUCAGUCGGCUCUUUAAGUUCAUUCAUGAUUGCUCAAUAUCCAAUGGGCCAAGAAAUACAAGCCUCUGCUGCUCUCACGAAUUUAUGGAACAGCAUCAACGGCUCUUCAUCAGUUUAUGUAGACUGGCCUGGUGGGAUUAUCACAGGACUCACUGUAGAAAGAGGCCUUGUCGACAACUCACCAUUGAGAAAACUUAUGGAGAAGAAUUGGAGCGGAAAAUUCCAAAGAAACAUCACAGUUGGGACCACCAAUUUGAACACAGGGCACUUUGACAAUUAUAAUGAGACGACAGGUGCUAACAACGCAAUAGAAAUGAGCAUUUGUUCUGCUUCUAUCCCAGCUUUCUUCCCAUUCCAGUCCUUUAUGGGAGGAAAUUACGUUGAUGGAAUGGUUGUGUACGGAAUUGAUAUUGACUCAGCUGUCAAAAGAUGCUACGCAGUCACUGGAGACUGACUGCAUGCCAUUUUAUCUGAACAUUUUUUUCUCGCUUAACAUUUCAUUGGAUUUUUUGCCCCAAUUUUUACUGCUUUUGUUAGUAAAACCCUCAAGAAAACAGCUUCAACCAAAGUCCCAGAAAUCCAUAUGAGAAUCAUAUAUCUUGCACCCCUGGAGACUACUCAAAAAUCAUCGUUGACAUGCUUUCAGACCACCACUACGCCCUUAAUCAGUCCAACGCAAACAUGAAAGCAUACGAAGCUUAUGAAAGAGCAAACGCAAUCAAAAAAUACGACAAAGGCUUAUUCGAGCUUUAUUGGGCACUCAGCGCUUAUCCUACCGUUAAUUUCAGAUAUUACAUAAUGCCAAGCACCUCUCUUGGGGCAAUUUGUCUGAAUUUCACCAAAGUUUCAAUAGACUACAACUACAACCUUGGAAUCAAGGACGCCAACUAUAUUGUUAGUAACAAUGUUUAUGCUAGAGAUAUUGUAAAUCAGUGGAUUGCAGAUAAUGGAGGAAUCAUUAAAGAUAGGUUCAAAUCCAAGACUAUUCAUAUCUAA